CCCCACCUGACAAAGUUUACAACUACGGCUUCAUGCUUGAGACUGUAACUACUUAUUUUCUUUUCCGUUUCAGUUAUGUUAUCGAUUUUUUUAAAUUUUCUUUUAUACAGUACAUAAACGGUUUUUAUGUUCCGACACUUUACAAAUGCAAAUUAUUAUGUUAUGGAAGUAAUAAUAGUUUGUAAAUACUCGUAGAAGAAUAAAAAAAUGACUCACUCUGGAACUAAACCCGACCUAUUUCGUUGGAAGAGGUUCACUAAAAAUAAAAAAGAAAGUCAAAAGCCUCAAUUAAACAAUGAGGACAUUGGUCACUGGAUUAAGAGGGUUGAGCAAGCCUCAGAAUUUGCUGUCUCAGAAGUGUUUUCAAUCAAAAAGCCCACUGUAAAUGGAAAGGCGAGGGGGCAUGCAGUGGCACUUGAAAGCAUUGAUCAAUUACAGGAUCACGAUGAUGCCUAUACAGAAGCUCAGGAACUGCUGCAUGACUGGAUGAACUCUAAGCUCCGUCUGGAGCUUGAGAUUGAUGAAGAAGAUGGGUUGGUGGACAGAACAACUCCCGAGCCUGCCCCCAGCAAACCACAAACGCCACCUUUUCUAAGAUACAACAAGUUUGAUGACCUCUACAGCCAUCUAGAACAGGAAGUGGAGAGCUCCACAGCUCACAGAUUUCUGCAGGAGCUCAUGGAGAAGGAAGUGGUGGAUUCUGGGAUACUGGAAGACCUCAGAAUGGAUAAAGACAAAGAGACAAAGCGAAGAAAAGACCCCCGUCUGACCAUGGAGCUGCGGCACCAGCAGGUAAAGGAGAACCGUGCGAGGCGGCAGGCUGAGCUGGAACGGCUGCGGAGGGAGAAGGCUCUGAAGAGAGAGGUUCAGGCCGAGGCGCAGCGCCUGCUUCAGGAGGAGGAGCGCAGGAGGCUGCUGGAGGCUCGCAGGCAAGAGGAGGAGAUCCAGAGAGAGGUGGUGCGACUGCGCAAGGAGAUGGCUGACAAAAAGAGCAUCACAGACCAGGCCAGACACAUGGAGCGGGAGAGAUUGGAGAGGAGGCAAGCCCUGGAGAGAGCUGCUCAGCCUCAGCCCCAGACAGAUGUGACAGCUGUGCAUCUCCAGAUACAGACGGAGCAGCUCAAGGCAGAGAGACUGCGCAAGCUGCAGGCCGAGGCCCGGGUUCAAAUCCACAACUUGAGGUGUGUGCAGAAGCACUUCUCAGGCUGGUACACCCUGGUCCUGGAGCGCAGAAUGAAGAUGGGCAAGGCAGGGGCACUGUCUGAUUGGAGGAGUCAGCUGCGGGCAUUCCGGGCCUGGCAGGCGUACAUGUGGACCAGAAGAGCAGAGCGAGAGGCCCAGCAAAUUGAGGCCCAGCUGCGGGACGACAACAGAAAGAGGCAGCUGGCUACCGAGAGUGACCGGCGUCGAGUUCUGCGGCAGUACCUGACGGAGUGGCAGCUGUGGUGCAAAGCAGAGAGAGAGAAACGCGACCUGGGUGUGAAGAAGGAGGAGACCAAGAGGAAAAUGGCUGCCUUGCUGGACGCGGCUUCCACAGGAAAACUCUGGACUGAAAGAUCAUGUGACGACAGGGCUACAGCACGGCAUGCCCAAAAUGAUUCCUCAACACAGAAAGCAGUUCUGACGUUAAAGAACCCUGAUUCAGCCUCUUCCUCCACAAAGUCGAAGCCUAAGCAUGCGUGGCAGGUAACCAAAAAGCAUGCUACCUUGAACGCAGAGGACCUCAGCAGAAUCACGGAGCAGGCUACCGAUUUGGAAACAUCAGUUCCCAGCACCGGUCCAAAGAAAAGGGUGGAUUUGCAUGGCAGCAAUUUCCAGAACCGCUACGACUUUCAGCGGCACAUGAUAGAGGAGCAGAAGAAGCAGCUUCUAGAACAGAAAGGGGUGAUUCUGGAACUGCAGGAGAACCAGCGGCUGUUGACGCUCAAGCAGGAGGCUGAGCGCGCCACAGCUAUGACCAAGGCCCUGUCCAACCCAGCACAGAAACAUGCACUGAGCAUACCUACCAAAGCAAGUGGAGGCCAUCAGUCAAGCAUAAAAACAGUAGAGGAGUCAAGUGCACCUGCUCCAUUGCAGACGCUUGGGCACAGUCUCCCAGAGGAAGCUAAGAGCAACGUGUCUAGUAUUAAAGGAACACCUAGUCACACAGCUUCUCCUCACCCAACUGUUAAAGCUAUGGAAGAGCGUGCAAAGCAGAGAGCAGAAAGGAGAAGAGAAAUUGAAGAGAUGAAGAGAAAACGGGAGGAAGAGAAGUUGGCUGAGCUGCAAGCUGCAGAGGAGGAGAGGCAGAGGAAAGAGGAGGCUGAGAAACAAGCCCUGCUGGAGAAGAAGCGCGAGGAGAAGAGACUGCAGAGACAGAAAGAGCUGAAGAAACAGAAGAGUUUGGAGAGACGACAGCAGCUGCAGACGAAAGCAGACGAGCACUAUCAGAAAUUCCUGCUGAAAAAACGAGGCCUGAAACCAUGGAAACAGCUUCUGGAACACGCCAAGCACAACACGCAGUUGGCUGAAGGUCAUCAUGGCUCCUCACUCCUCAGAAGGUGUCUUCUUUCCUGGCAGCAGAUUGCAAAUGACUCCCUCGCUGAGAAGACAGCCAGUGCUGCAGAGCUCUACCACCACAUCCUGCUCAGGAGGUGCCUUAGCAACUGGUUAAAGUGCAAGAAUUACACUUCGAUAUUAGAAGAGAAAGCUGGCCGGUUCUACAGAGCUUCUUUAGUGAAGAAGACGUUCCUGGCUUUACUCAAUCACAUCACAGAGGAGAAGAUUGCAAUGUGGGACAAGCAGAAGAUUGCUGGUGAACACAAUCAGAGGAGGAUUGUUCUGACCACCUUCCGGACGUGGCGAAGAUUCCCCAAAAUGAUAAAUGAAGAGAAACAAAAGGAAGAGAGGAGGGAGACGCUCCGCAAGAGAGUGUCUGAGAUUCUCCCCGACUUCAGCACCUAGAACGUCAGGGUUAAGACGAAUACACAAGGCUGUGCUUUUUGUGAUUUAGCCCGGAAACCCCUUCAAUUUAUAAGCGUCUCUGCUGAGCUACCUUAGCCAGCUAGGUAAACUGGGUCCAGUCCACUAUUUGUGUGAAGACAGCUGCAGUUUAGGCUAAGUUUGGAAUUGUGUCCCUUCAUAAGUUGUGUGUUAUGAGUGCCAUCAAAACACACCUUCUAGUAAUAUAAUAGUUACAUCAGAAACUGUAAUUACAAAUAAUAAUAAAACAAAAAUGUUGCAAAUCAGCACAUUACUUCCUAAUGCACAGUACACCUAUUCAUUGAUUACAGAGAAUUCUGGCUGAAGAAUAUUCUAUGAGAAUUUUACUCACUGUUAGAUUCACGAGUGCUUGGGAUAGAAGCUUCAUGUGAGAGCAUAAUGGAGUAGGAUUCACAUAUUGGCCUUUUUUGAAUGUUUACAAAGGUCAUCAUGCUUAUUCUGUGUAUUCAUUUAAAGACUCACACAUGUGCCUAAGUUGUUGAUUUAUCUUGUAAUAAUAACAGUUUGAUUUGGAGUAAAAACCUUGAUAAAUGUGGCACUAUGUGCUUUAAAACAUGUUUCUAAAUCAGCAGUAAAAGCUGUAUUUUAGGACGACCUCAUUUGCAUUCUCCCUAGAACUGUCCCAAUGGAUCAUGAUUUGGAAAACCAAAGGUGCUUUUAUGUAUAACCUACAGAAUAAAAACAGGUUCUCUAAGUGGUUCUGUGCAUUUCACAUCAUGUCCUAGAAAUACAGAAUUGAAUGUAAGAAAUGUCAUGAAAAGGCUGAAUGAAUACCAGUAAGACAUACUGUUUAAUCAGUAUGUUCAUUUGAGUGAAAGAUUCAAGCUGUUGAAGGUAAGGUUUAUACUUUGUGAAUCACAAUGACAGGCAGAACAUUGGGUCUGUGUUGCAUCUUAUGUAUUGCACAUCUUACCCACAUUUUAGCACAAGCACUUUCUAAUCCAGGGUGUUGCUAAAAACAGCAGCCCCCUAUUGUUGGAAACAAUUUAUUUUGACACAGCGUCAAGUGAAAAAAAAACUUCUCAGCUUACCCGAGGAGUGUGAACGUUUGGGGUCUGAUUUGUUGGAGGACAUUCAUUAUAAGUCGAUGAGGUGAAGGAACGAUUUGAGAAUGAAAUGUUGAGUGUUGGAAAUAUGCUUAAUGAACAUUUGAUGGUUAUGUUGGCAGAGCUCCGUGCUACAGUAUCUGGCAAAGACGAUUUCUAAUAGGCAUUAAGAAAAAAAUAAGUCAACAAAGAUGUAAGAUUUUAUUAUUGAAAAUAAACUGACAGCACCCUUGUUUUGAUUUUAAAGUUCAUAUUUAAUUGUUUCAUAGCAUCAAAGACAAAUCUUUACAUUUAUUAAAAAUAAAUUAAUAAAGACAAAAACACAAAAAGUGCAAAUGACAAGAAGUCAACACCAGUGGGCAAAAUGGUGCCCGCGAGACCAGUGUUGUACCCACAAUGCCAUCUGACAUAACCUGCAGCCUGGAUAUGGGUGUAGCAGUAGAGGAACUAAAUUCUUUCUAAUCUAGUAAACUGCCAUCAAUCUCUGCUUUUGUGUCACUUGGUAAAUCUGUAUUUAUAAUGAGAUCUUAUUUUACAUUUUGGAAAAAGUAGUCAGUUUAAAAAAAAAAAAAAGAAAAAAAACAGGACCAUUUGUCAACACCAGUUUAU